AUGCCAGGAAAAAGAAUUGCGGUGAUUGGCGCUGGAGUCAGUGGAUUGGGUGCCAUUAAGACCUGUCUGGAGGAGGGACUGGAGCCCACCUGUUUUGAAGGAAGUGAUGAUAUUGGAGGACUGUGGAGAUACGAGGAGAAGGCCAAGAGUGGCAGGCCAAGCAUCUAUGAAUCUGCCACCAGCAAAACUUCGAAGGAGAUGACAACCUACAGUGAUUACCCGUUCCCCGAUCACUUCCCCAACUACUUGCACAAUUCCAGAAUCAUGGAGUACCUCAGGAUGUACGUGCAACACUUUCACCUAACGAAAUAUAUCCGGUUUCUGCUUCAGAUCCUGGUGGAUGACGUUGGAGCUUUUGUCCCCAGAAUCAAGAGAUUCAAAGGUCAAUAUAUUCACAGCUGGGAUUACAAGAGUCCAGAGAAAUUUCGGGGGAAGAAAAUCAUCGUGGUCGGCAUUGGGAAUUCUGGAGCUGAUUUGGCAGUUGAGCUCAGUCAUGUAGCUUCACAGGUGUUUCUCAGCACAAGGCGGGGUGCAUGGAUUUGGAACCAGGUCUGGGAUAAUGGAAUGCCCACGGACACUGUUCUCUUCACUCGUUUUAAUGCUGUCCUCAACAAAUUUUAUCCUACAUUCUUAAUCAACAGAUGGGCAGAGAAUAAAUUAAACACUCGAUUUAACCAUGAUGUUUAUGGUUUGCUCCCUCAACACAGAUUCCUGAGCCAUCAACCUACUUUCAGUGAUGAUCUACCCAAUCACAUAAUAUCUGGUAGAGUUAUGAUAAAACCAAAUGUUAAAGGAUUUAUGGAGACAUCCGCCAUCUUUGAAGACGGCACAGGAUAUACUUUCUCUUUCCCCUUUUUGGAAAAUAAUUCAACAGUACUGGACAGCCAGCGCUCCAUGUUUAAAUAUGUCUUCCCUCCUCAACUAGAGAAACCAACCCUGGCUUUCAUUGGCAUCCUCCAGCCUGUGGGAGCCACCAUUCCCACAUCGGAGCUCCAGAGCUGAUGGGCCGUUCGUGUAUUUAAGGGAUUGAACAAAUUACCUUCAGUGAGUGGCAUGGUGGAUGACAUAAGAAAGAAGAGGAAAAAAUUUGAAAAAGAAUUCCUGAAUAACCCUGGUGACACACGCAGAGUACAGUACGUGGAUUACAUGGAUGAAAUUGCCUCUGAAAUAGGAGUGAAACCCAAACUGCUCUCACUCUUCCUGUGGGAUCCAAAGCUGGCUAUGGAAAUUUUCUUUGGACCGUGCACACCUUACCAGUACCGUCUGUCGGGGCCAGGGAAGUGGGCUGGGGCCCAGAGAGCCAUCCUGACCCAGAGAGCGUGGAUCAUCAAGCCCCUGAGGACUCGCACCCUCACCCGUGACCGGCCUCCAUACUCUGUGCCAUGUUGGCUUAAAAGAGCCUGUGCUGCUCUUCUCUUUGUUCUCAAUUUAGUCGUUAUUAAAGGAUAA